GACUUAGAUGAGAAUUUUGUGGAUUGUUCUUCUUUUAAAUUCAGGUAUUUUCUGGUGAUUGGCAUCAUAAUGACAAUUGGUGGGUCAUUGAUGUGUAUGCAUAUAUUGCAGGUUUAUAUUAACUUCAUCCUUUAAAAAAAACUUUCAGAACAAUCGUAAUGUCAGGUUGCAUGCAUGUAGUGGAUAUGCAUCCUCUCAUUAAUCUUUUGAAUGGGACAAUAGACUUCCAGUAACAAUUAAUUUGAACACAUCAUAUAUGCCUCACUUCUCUCUCUCUCACACACACACACAUCCAUUAUGUGAGUCAGAAGCAUGCAGCAUGUUGUUCCUCUUCACACAGUCAAGUUUUGCCCCUCUUCAGUCACCCCCCCCCCCAAUUUAACAUUGAAGGUUUGUUCUGUAGUCACAAUUCUGGUGAUGGAAAUGCCAUGUUGGGGCUAAGGAGGUGUGUGACAGAGGGUCUGACAUAAACUGGUGAAUAGUGGCAGCAUGAAAGUGUACACAACCUUGAAGACCCCCCUUCUUUCUUAGGAAUGAUAGUAUGAAGGAAAAAUAAGUAUCCAUGGACGAAGUUUUCCACAAGACUAAUAAUAUUGAAAUGGGGAAAACUAUAAUUGUAAUUUUUUUUAUUCACUAGUGUGAAUUUUGGGUUCCUGGCAGAGAGUGCCACAUAAUUUUGUAUAAUCUUCUGCUGAAACAUUAUCUGGUCAAAACAUAUAGCGAACAAUCCUGUGCCCUUGAGCUGUGGCUACAAAUCCUGUGAGCAAUAUGCUCAGAGCACAUGGAAUACAGCAUACAGUCCAAGGCUGGCACCUCCCACGCACAUGUUCAAGGUUCACACUGAGGAGCUGGCAACAAAGAGCUGUGAAUCCUGUAGGUUUCUUGCUCCUUUGUCAGAAAGGAACUCUCCUCAGAACUUGAAGUCUAAAAGGAAAAAAAAAAGCUAGCAGACAGAUGGAUACGAUUCCCUGUGAUUUCUGCCUAGAGAAGCCUAAUUCAGCUGUGACGAUGUGCCUAACCUGUGAGGCAUCCCUGUGCCAGGCCCACCUGAGCAAGCACAACUCUAAAGGCACCCAAAAAUGUCAUGUCUUAGUGGCUCUCAAAGCUGCUGAAGCCCAGGAGGCGAAAGCAAGGGCAGAACAUGCAGAGUGGUUGGAAGGCUUCUGCCAGGACAAUGCAGCCUUCCCUUGUGCCACAGGCUCUCAUGAGAAGGAUGACUAUGAAAAGCAGCAGGCAAUUCUCUCCCUGAUUAUGAAAUCAAUACAGGAAAAUAAUGCUGCCAUGAACAAAGCUCUCCAGCAGCUCCAGAAAAGUGCUGAUCAAAUAAAGAGCAAUAAAAAAACAUUGACAGACCAGCUGUCAAAAGUCUUCCAAGAGAUCAAAACUCAGGUGGAUCAAAAAGAGAAACAGAUCAUCAGUGAUAUCCAAUCCAAUGAGAAAAAGCAGUUGGCUAAGAUUGUUGUCCUACAAAAGCAAAUGGAAGAAAAGAAGGAUGCAGCUCUCCAGAACCUUCAAGAGCUACAAGCGCUGAGAGAGCAAACAGAUGCUCAGCUAUUCCUCCAGGGUUUUCAGCUGCUUCAAGAGAGGGUUAAGAAAGAAAAUUUCAGCAACGACAGCGUGGAAGUCUUAACAGUGCAUCUGGAUCAAUCUGACAUUCAAGUUGUUCGAAACCACACAGCAGUUUACAUCUCCAACCUGGACACACUGAUGCAAGUGGUACAUGGAAAAAUCAUUAACCAAACACAGUGGAGCAGACUCAUCAUUCCCAGAAAAACCCUCAAAUGUUUCAUCUUCCGUGGGAGCAGUGAGUAGAUCCCGGAUCUUCUUCCUUUCCCUUUCCUCAUCUGACUCUUGCUCCCGAGUUGUCCUUUUAGUUUCUCUACUCUCUGUUAACCCAUCUUCUUCCAGCAUUGACUCCUCAUCGCUAGAGAACCCUUCAAACGUUUCUUCCUCAGAAAGAGCCAUAAGUAUUUCCUGGACCCGCUUUGCUUGCUGUUCCUCAUCCAACACCUGCUCACUAUUAGCCCUUUUCCUCCUGCUAGCAGUUCUACUAGUAGUAGUAUUAUUGCCCCCUGGCCAAACUACAACAAUUACAGUAUCAACAAACCAGUCUUCUACCUGCUUACUUAAAUGAGAGAAAUCCCCACUGAUCUCAGGACAUGUUUAAACAUAAAGUAUUGUCCUAUGAGUGAUACAUUGUUAAGCAAAAGGGGUGGUAAGUUUUUUUAUUGUGUCUGGGCAGUUGUAUAUUAGGUGUUGGCACUUUAUUGUAAUUGCUCCUCUUGGGCAGGGGUGGGGGGUGGGAUUAAGUGACAUGCUCUCUUUAGAAAGGGCAUGCAACUUGGUGUAGGAAACCCACAGCGGAAAUUAAGGCACAGCAGAAGUUAGUUUUGUUGUGUUAAAUGGGUCCUUCUUCUAAAUGGAUUGUAUAAAACUACACCAUUCAACUCCUGUUGAAUGUAGAAUGCUCUAUGAUACUUCUGUCUUACCCUAUAUUCUAUAUACUGUAUUUGAGUAUUCCUCUGCCGCUUCACUGUGAACUAAGUCCCAUUAGCUUCU